AACCAUCAAAAUUUCUAAGCGAACAAAUUAAGUUAACAUGGGUUCUGAAACAGCUCUUAAGCUUCCUGUAAUAGAUUUCUCCAAUGAAGAUCUAAAACCAGGAAGUUCUGAAUGGAAUUCAGUAAGAAGCCAAGUUCAUGAAGCUUUACAACAAUACGGUUGCUUUGAAGCUUCAUUCGACAAGCUUUCCUUCGAGCUUCGAAAGCAGAUAUUUACAACCUUGGCAGAACUGUUUAACCUUCCUCUACCAACUAAGUUGAAAAACGUUUCUAAGAAACCAUUUCAUGGCUAUGUUGGGCAAUACCCUAUGGUCCCAUUAUACGAGAGCAUGGGCAUCGAUGAUGCAAAUAUUAAGGAAAAAGUUGAAGAUUUAACCAAAAAACUUUGGCCUCAAGGAAAUACAAGUUUCAGCAAAACAAUUCAAUCCUUCUCUGAGGAAUUGUCGGAACUGGAUCAAACCAUCAGGAGGAUGAUUCUGGAGUGUUUUGGUUUGGAAAAAUACUUGGAUGAGCACAUGAAUUCCACAAAUUAUCUUCUAAGGGUAAUGAAAUAUAAAGGACCCGAAACUACUGAUACUAAAUUGGGUCUAUCUGCUCAUACAGAUAAGAAUAUAGUAACUAUUUUGUACCAAAAUCAAGUUGAGGGUUUAGAAGUACAAACUAAAGAUGGGGAAUGGAUUAAGGUGCAACCCUCACAGGAUUCUUUCAUUGCAAUGAUUGGAGAUUCUUUAUAUGCAUGGUUAAAUGGUCGGUUAUAUUCUCCAUAUCAUCGUGUGAUGAUGAGGGGAAACGAAGCAAGGUACUCGGCAGGAUUGUUUUCAAUCCCUAAAGAAGGCUACAUUAUAAAAGCUCCGGAAGAGAUGAUUGAUAAGGAGCAUCCUUUGCUGUUCAAGCCUUUUGAUCAUGUCCAAUUCCUCCAGUUUUAUUACACUGAGGCAGGACAGAGAGCAGAAUCCGCUCUCAAGGAAUACUGUGGUGCAUGAGCUUCUAGCUUUACCUAUAUAUAUAUAU